AUGGCUGACCAACUGUCGCAGCUGGAAAGCAGCAUAGAAACCAUCAUCAAUAUCUUCCACCAGUACUCUAUACGGCUGCAGCCCCCGGACACCCUGAAUAAGAAAGAAUUCAAACAGCUGGUGAAAAAAGAGCUGCCAAACUUUCUCAAGAAGGAGAAGAAGGAUGACAAAGCCAUAAACGAGAUCAUGGAGGACCUGGACACAGAUGUAGACAAGGAGAUUAACUUCAAGGAGUUCUCUGUGCUGGUGGGCAAGCUGACGGAAGCCUCCCACGAGGAGAUGCACAAGACGGCGCCCCCAGGAGAAGGCCACAGGCACGGGCCAGGCUUCGGGGAGAGUGGUUCAGGCUACGGCCACAGCCAUGGCAAUCACGGCCACAGCCACUAA